AUCACCGCCUAUCCAGCAGGGGGCAGUGUUGCUGCCGGGCGUGUUUUCCUGUGGUCCUUCCGUCAGUGCAGCACUGGCCGGUAAUACAAACAAAAUACACACAAUGGGGAAGAAACAUAAAAAACACAAGUCGGAAAAGCAUGGAUAUGAAGAAUACGGAGAGAGGCCGCUUAAACUUGUGUUAAAAGUGUCUGGAAACGAAGUGACCACCGGAAGCUCGAGUCUGGACACUUUUUAUGACGAGGACAAACCUAAAGACAAGAAGAAAAAGAAGAAGAAGAAGGAGGACAAAAAGAGGAAUUUUGGUUCUCCAGAAGAUGACAGAGGAAAGAAAAAGACAACAAAGAAGAGGAAAGGACAGGAUGCAGAUGGAGACGGUGAUGAGCAUGAACAGUGCAGAACACCAAUCCGUUCAGAACUGGAUAAAUUGGAAGCAGAGAAACAACAGACUCCACUUCAGGAAGCUUUGAACCAACUGAUUCGGCAGCUUCAAAGGAAAGAUGCCAGUUCAUUUUUCUCAUUUCCAGUAACUGAUCUGAUUGCACCUGGCUAUUCGACGAUUAUCAGGCGCCCAAUGGACUUCAGUACAAUGAAAGAGAAAGUAAAGAAAGAGUGCUACCAGUCUUUGGAACAACUCAAGGUGGACUUCAGGAUCAUGUGUGAAAAUGCCAUGAUUUACAACAAACCUGAGACAAUCUACCACAAAGCGGCUCGGAAAAUGCUGCACUCUGGGAUGAAGAUCUUGAGCAAGGAGAGACUGGAGAGCCUGAAGCAGAGCAUAGAUUUCAUGUCUGGCCUCGACCCUUCAGCCAAGAAGUCUUUCAAACUUGAGGAACGUGGGAACACCAGCUUAGGACGGAUCCGAGAGGGGCCCGUGAGCACAGACUCCAGCCAGAGCUCGCAGACAGUCAGCACACCCAGACAGGACAAAGAUGCCAAGGAUGAAGCCAUGAAGGCAGAGAAAGAGCUCGAGGAAAUCCGCAAGGUCAUCGAGGACUCUGGAGGAAAGCUGUCCAACCGAGUACUGCAGAGUGACCUGGAGUUUACACGGCAGAAGGUGGACGGCUCCACAACGCUCGCCAUCCUCAAUCCUGCCGAUCCAUCAGUGGGAGAUGCGGGUUACUGUCCGGUGAAACUGGGCAUGAUGUUCAAUCGGCUGCAGAGCGGUGUGAACACACUGCAGGGCUUCAGAGAGGACAAGAGGAAUCGGAUCACUCCAGUGUCCUACGUGAACUACGGGCCUUUCACCUCCUAUGCACCUGCCUAUGACUCCAGUUUCGCCAAUGUCAGUAAGGACGAGUCCGAUCUCAUCUACUCGUUCUAUGGAGAGGAAUCCAGUCUGCAAGGCUCAGAAAGCCUGUCAGAGUUGCUGAGCAAACCAGACGAGUACAUGUACAAACUGGCCGACAAUCUUCUGGAUGCCAUGACUAACGGGGAGCACUCCAAAACCCUGAAGGAGGCGGAGCUUGAUGCUCCAAAAACACCUGAGGACAAAGAUGAUAGCACAGAGGUAACGUGUGCGUUCCUCUCUCAGGUAACAGACCUGGAAUCACCAAACCUCAGCAGGAUGGACUUGCUGUUUUCAGCUGUCGGCUCACAGAUGUGUGAGGAGCUGUCUGGGGAGGCCCUGCAUUUCCAGCUGAAACUGGAUGAGACUACAAAGCUGCUCUACAACCUGCAGGAAGCUCAGAAUCAGCGUCUGAGCACCAAACAGCCACCUAACACCAUCUGCCUGUUGGCCCCAACCGCUAAGGAGCUGGAGCUGGCGGAGAAGGUGACGGGGAACCUCGCCGAGCUGACCGGCCAAGUAGCGCCAUGUGAUGUCAGCAGCGUGUACGGCGUCAGGAAGGCCAUGGGGAUCUCUUUACCACCAGCCCUCAGCGAGCCCUUCAUCAACCUCGCCGCAGUGCAGGAACCGAAGGAGACGUUGGACUUUCAGGACGUGGAGCAGACUGUGGCAGUGUAAUCAGAUCCUGUCUGUUGAAUAACUCCUCUUUUGUACAAAUGGUGCUUCUUCUGUUUAUAUUUGUAUGCAUUUCAUUGAAUAAAGUUUUUGUUUUGUUUUUUCUAUAAAUUGCUGUGACGCAUGCCACUGCAGACUUUAAGAAAACAUUUAUUACAUUCUGUAGCUGUACAUAAAUUAAGAUUUGUUCACAUGGGGCACAUAAAGCGAUCCAGAUCAGUCCUGCUGGAACCAGAUAAACAUUCACAGCAGGGAGGCAGUGGGGUCAAAGGUCAGAUUAAAACCUCAAAGUGUUAGCAGAGUAAGCAGUAC